GAUGGCUUCUGCAGGUACUUAUGUACUGGUUGUGUUGCGGUGCAUGGGGCUGCUUUCGUCAGGGGCGGCGUCCUUUUUUGACCCUGUGCCGCUUGCUUCGGCGACUCCCCCUCCCUCUCUCUGAUCCUGGCCAAGCAGGCCUCAGUGGCCGUCGAGGAGCUCAGACGUCUGUCUGCGCGGCAGCGGGCGCUCUCACUGCUUGUCGCUUAGCCACUUGUUGCCGGCCAUUUGCAGUGGACAUGGCAUCAGAUCUGUUCUAGGGCAGUGUCUGCAUCAAUUGUCGUGUGGUUCUGCAGACGGAUAUCUAUUGGCAUGAAUGGACCAAUCAAUUGACAACACAUCGAUUUAUCGAUCUAAGCGUCAUUUAUUUUGCAUCCUUUGUCGGUCACGCGUGAGUCUCAUCAUCCAUUCAUUCGACGUACUGUACGUGUCUUUCCACACACACCAACCAAAUCGACACACUAUGUACGUAGCUAGCUAGGCGCACAGACACGUAUACACACAAGACGAAAAGGCCAAGCACUCAAAGCGAUGCUUGUGCCACAGACAGACAGACAGACAGAGAGACAGACACAGAGGCAGAGAGGGAGAGAGGGAGAGAGGCACGACUCACUCGUGCACGGCAGGCAUGACAUACAGCUUCUCGGACAGCACAUACACAUGAUGUACAGACCCGACAGACGUAUGGCAAAGAAGCACGCACACGCACACACGAGUGAGUGAGUGAGUGCUCCCACGUACGGCUCACUCAUGACUCACACGACCCCAUGCAUCGCUAGCGUACACAAACAACGGCUCGCUUAGCGCCCACACCACCCCACACCCACGUCGCCACGCACGCCCGCCCGCCAGCAUCGACUAAUCGAGUGUUCUCGAUCGAUCUGGCUCCUGUCCUGUCUGCCUCACGGCUGGCGGACACCGCUGACAAAAGGCGGGCGAUGGAAUGUGUGUGUGUGUGUGCUCAGUGAGUGCCGCACACACAGUCCACACACUCAAUAAUCUACACACUAAGGUAAGUACUUACACAAACAAUUACUCACUCACUUACACAUGCACACAUCUGACUGCCUGGCUGGCUGGCUGGCUGGCUGGCUGAGUGAUUCAUAUCAACACGGCACUCACUCACGGCCAGCGCAGCAUGCAGCGCACGCACGACAUGCAGACAGACAGACAGACAGACAGAUCUGCCCAGCCCAGCCCAGCCCAGCCCUGUCUGUCCCCGGCCCCUCUGUUUGUCCCUCCUUUGUCAAUAACAGGGACCGCCGCAAAGCUUGCCGGCAUGACUGUGAAGCUUGUGGCCCUUGUUCCACAUAUGAUUCCCGACGUUGUUGAGCCCAGCAGCGUACGCAACAUUGGCAAUGCCCUUUUUGACACUUCCAACGAACUGUUUGACCUUUCCAAGGAAUUCACCAAGAAGUCUCCUCCGAUCGGCGGCGGCGGCGUCGGGUCCAGAUGACGCGCUGAUAGUCUUAACCUCUGGCUCAACGACUGCAGUCAGUCGUUAACACACAACAGACAUCCACUCACAGGUUGUGCGUGCGUCAGGAGGAACAGGCAGCACACAUACCUGGUGCCUCAGCUGUCGACGACUGCUCCGUCUUGUCGUCUGCUGUUUCCACCGCCGUACGCACAACAGCCUCAGGCAGGACACCUGCACACACAUAAUAUACACACACAGGAAGUAUUGCCAGCCCGAGUCCGAGAGUGCAGACGUGUGGAUGACUGACUGACUGACUGAGUGAAUGGGUGUGUGCGUACCUUCAGUUGUGAUUUCGUUGGGAUCAUCAGCUGUCCCGCCUCGCAAUCGCCUCGCCAGCACAGAGGGUGGUGCGGCACCAGCAGCAGCAGCAACAGCAGGCGGCUGUGGAUCAGCCGACGCCAGAGUGAUGCCGAAAACACACAGCAGCACGCUAAGGACCUUCAUCAU